UUGACUUUUAAUAUUCUUUUUCUGCAUACGCAGUUUUUUUUUAGAUUUGCAUAAUUAAAAACAUUCCAAUUGAAAUUUAACAUUCUCUGUUUUUAUUACAAUGUCAACAUCGCAACAAGUACGUUCUCAAGCAAAGCAAGGCCAGUGGUCUUCCAUAUUUCCCAAUGAGCAAGUGACAGAAACUCAAUCAACAUUGUUUGUAAAGAAACUACUUGCAGUUGCGGUUUCAAGUAUCAGUUAUCUCAGGGCACUGUUUCCUGAAAAUGCCUUUGGAGACAGAUGUUUAGAAGAUGUUAACUUAAAAAUUUUAAGGGAUGAUAGUACUUGUCCUGAAGCAUGUAGAGUAAUACAGUGGAUUAGAGGCUGUUUUGAUGCUUUGGAAAAGAAAUAUCUAAGAGCUGUGUUGGUUGGAAUAUAUGAAGACCCAGAGGAUCCGGAUACUGUUAUUGAGCAAUAUUCUUUCAAGUUUGCUUAUGGAGAUGGUGGUGGUGUUGAUAUUUACAGGAAUGGGACUAGAAUAACUAAUGCUAAAUCUGAUAAAGAAACAAAAAAGGCAACCAUACGUUUAUUAAGGACGAUUGUGUUGCUUAGUCAGACUUUGAAUCCCUUACCAGACGAUGUGAUGAUGACAAUGAAGUUACUGUAUUAUGAUGAAGUGACACCAGAAGAUUACAACCCUCCUGGAUUUAAGGAUUAUAACUGCGACAGUUUUUUCUUCAAAGAUGAGCCAAUCAACAUUAAAGUUGGUGAUGUUGCUACAGUCAAUAACCCAGACAACCUAAAAAGGUCUGGGAGUUUUAAAAUUAGAUCGAAAAGGGCAGAAAAAUCCGCUGUGAACAUUGUACAAAUUAAUUUUGAGAAGUUCAAAGUAUGUAAAUGUAAUAUAGAAAUAGCCAAAAUUACAACUUGUGGCGACGGACAUUGCGCUCAGGUAAGCAGAAUUGUAACUAUUAUAAUUUCUUUUUUAGCCUUAAAUUUCCUUUUUAGCCUUAAACUUCGUAUCAAAACACAAAACCAUGACUUGCAAGAGCAACGUGAAAACGAAGACGUAGAGGAAAAUCAUGAAGAAACUGAAGAAGCUAGAGUUCCCGAUGAAGAAGUUUUUAACACCGCAAACGAGGAUGUUGAAAGUCUUUACAACCCGGAAGCUGAUGUGGAUAAGGAGAACAAGGAAAACAAAGAACCGGAGAUGAAUAUUCACGUGGAAGACGUCGAAAAUACAAGUCUAAAUAUGGAAGACGAUGUACCCAAACAAUCAAAGCAGUCAAAUACGAGAGUUUCAACUCCAGCUUCUUCGGUUAUUCCUGAUGACGAACAAGAAGAAACGGUGAAGAAAUGUCCUUGUGGUGUGAAUGAGGAUGAUGGUCUGAUGAUUUUAUGUGCAGCCUGCAACACGUGGCAACACGCAACUUGUUUUGGUAUCAUUAAACCUGAAGAAGCUCCAGAAACACAUUACUGUGUCGAAUGCACACAAAAUUCAGAUGAGUAUCAAUGCACCGAUCAAAAUCUUGCAAAAAUAGAAGAUGCGAAUAAAAUCAGGGCUGAUUGCUUAUGGCGCCGCACUCUACUCUCUGUUUUGGAAACAACUCGCAUCCUUGCUUCUAAUUUGUCAAAAAGACUGGGCGUCCCGCUUGCUGUUGCUACAUCUCUGUUAAAAAGAUUGGAGGCUGAAGGUUUUGUUAAGCCUGGAGGAAAAGCAAAGCGAUUUGGAAAACUUGUGCAGAAGAAAGACAUCGCGGAACGAGGAUUUCAUACAUAUUUUUACAAUUCGCACAAUGAACAGACCGAGGAGCUCAGUAUCAUGACGGAGAAAGCUUCCAAUAUGCAGAUUACUUUAAAUAAGGGUGCAAAAGGCAAAGGAUCGAAGAGGAAAUCUGGGGGAGAGGCUGUGUCCAUUCAUAACAAGGAUUUAAGAUUUGACGUUUCUGAUAGUCAAAACAGUCCCUCAUCGCGUAAACGCAGAAAGACGAGUGUAUCCGCUGAACCAAUGUGUGUGUGAACGUCACUAUGACAACGUAACAUGAAGAUAGCAUGUUAUUCAUUUAUUUAUUUAUCGAGUCGAUUCCGUUUAAAUCUCUGCGUAAGUUUUGAUUCUUUAAAAAUGUUGAAAUAAUAAUUACAUUUUUUGAAAAAUAAGAUGCGUCUUGUUUUCUUAUACGCCUUCUGACGUCAUAGUUGGU